CGUGGAACUUUCUCUCCGUUUGCUCGUCCAAGUCUUUGUUCUUCCCUAUCAUUGGGAAGCACGCUUGGGAGUUGGGACUCCGAUGAGUUUUUCUCUACAAAAGCUCAGAUAGUGCUGGCUGGCUUGCCAGAGCAGGAUCUAUCUUACAAUCUGUAAACAAACGUGAGCAUUUCUUCUUUUGUUCAUUAGAGAUUUGACGAAUUUACUGACUCACUAGUCUACCAAGACUCUGAUAUCGUUGAAAUCAGGUUCUUUUUACAUUACAUCCGUCUAUUGAUUAUGUAUACUCUGUACCUCGUACAUCUCGAUCUUUCUGAAUGGAAAGUUACAUUCUUGUGUUAAAUUGAGGAAUCAUCAUUUCAUGCCCAGUUUUAUGAGAAUAUGAAUCUAGCUUUGAGCUCAAUGUAAUUUAUUGGCGAAAUGGUAAGUAGAAGGAUAUAGAUUUCGUUGAGCUCAAUACAUCGCAUAGCAGCCGGAAUGAAUGCCCAGACUUUAUGAAUUAAGUGCUCUUAAGGAAAAGAGUUGGUCAUGGCCUCGGUCUCUGAGAGGGCCAAGUGACAUUGAAUAGUCUUUUCAAUGGCUGAUUUGUAGGUUUUAGGUCCACUUUAUGCAGAAUGUGACGAUUCAAGAGCUCGACAUCAAGGUUUUUAGCGUCCCGUUACAUUGUUUUGGACUUUUCAUUUCUAUAUGUGCAUGUGUUGGUUGCUUCUAGUAAGGAUUAGAUUUUGUUAGCUUUUUUGACAUUUGACAAGCUCAUUUUGUUAUCCUUAAGCAAAGAUUUUUGGCACAAAAAAGCUGUAAAGAAAGCUAGAUGUGAGAAAAAAACUGGAAGCUCUUCCAAAAUCCUAGGGUAGAGAUUUUUUGUAAAUGCGCUUUUUGGACCUACUAAGUUCUUCCGAUAAUGUGUUUACCGAAUGGCAUCAAGCCGCUUUUCAGCUAGCCAGACCUAAGUUAGUGCGGAGUAAGCUAUAGGCUCUCCAAAAAGCUAUCUUGUUUUAAUUGAAAUGAAAUUAUUGGAAUCUAAUGUUUCGUGCAAAAUGAAACAAUCAUAUGAAAAACCUUAUUCAGUUACUUCACUAAGAGAGCAUUAUUCUUGAGAUCAGAUUCUGCACUGGCAGUUGAUUGAUUGAUUGAUGAUGAUGAUGAUGAUGAGGUGUUUUCUAUGCCACAAUCCUGAAAAGAAAGAAGAAACAAAAAUAGUGAAGUCAAAUGGAUCCCUCUCAACCGGUUUUGGACUCUCAGAUUGUGGUGAUGCAAGUCAGUCCAAUCUUGAAUCUAGCUCUCUGAAUGGAUCAGAUACCAAUACAGAAUCCCAGGGAAGGACUCAGUUUCCGAGCAUGCAUGAGAGGUCGUGUAAUCUCAGGGAGUUUAUGUUCAUGGAACUUAAAGCAUUAACAAAAAACUUUAGCCGGUCAACCAAGAUUGGGGAGGGAGGAUUUGGAUUUGUAUAUAAGGGGAAAAUCAAGAGUUUUGAGGAUCCAUCUAAUAGAGUUGAUGUGGCCAUAAAACAACUUAGUAGAAGAGGGCACCAGGCAAGAUAUUUUCCCUGCUUGGAUAUUUAAGUCCUGUUUGGCAAUAGCUGUAUACAUAGUUGUUUGAAGUUAGCUGACUGUAACAUUAUAUUCACUUUUGGAUGUUACUCCCUCUAUCGCAUAAAAAAAAACUUAUAGGCUGGACUUUCAACUUUUAAGAAAAAUGUGGAAAAGUGAAAAGUGUGGUUGAAAUUUGUCAAGAUUAUAGACAUAUUUUUGUGAGCCACAUGUUCAUUUUAUUAAAAAGGAAAUAAAGUGCAGAGUUUUUUGGGACGUGCAAAUAAGGGAACCUAGGAAGAUUUUUGCGGGACGGAGGGAGUAGUUGUUUAGACCAAGUCUUUACUUCAGCUUUGCAUUUAGAGACAUCUUUGGAGAUCAUAAUUAGAUGCUAGCUGUUGGAGGUAUAAAAUGAGCUUUUUUCAAAAAGAGUUUGAAAUCUAAGCUUCUUGUCUAGCUACUAUAAUCAAUUGAAAAAGCAGGUCUUUGAAAUAGUCAAACAGAUGAUUUGGGUUGAAGCAACUAAAAGCUUUCCAAAAGACUCAUUACCAACAAGGCCCUGCCAAUUAUCAGUCUUUUCUCAACU